GAAAUGUAAAGCAGAGGAGGAGGGAGGGAGGAAGACGAAUGUUAAAAACCCUAAGAUUUUAGAUUCGUCUCUCAGACAUGCUUCAUCCAAAUAGUUCUUGUUCCUCUUCCUCCUUCCUCACUUCCCGAUCUAGAGUCUCUCCUCCUCUUCCACUUUCACUUCCUUGGAACUUGUCUCCUAAGCGGUUUCAUCUUCACUGCUCCUCCUCUUCUACAAGAUGCUCUAAACCCAACAACCCUAGCUCUCGUAACCGCCGUUACGGCGGCGUAAUCCCUUCAAUCCUCCGCUCUCUCGACUCCUCCUCCUCAACCUCCGACAUCGAAACAACCCUCGCCUCCCUCUCCCUCUCCCUCUCCCCCAAAGAACAAACCGUCCUCCUCAAGGAACAAACCCGCUGGGAUAAAACCCUCCGCCUCUUCAAACUCUUCCAAUCCCACAAAUCCUACACCCCAAACGUCAUCCACUACAACAUCCUCCUCCGCUCCCUAGGCAGAGCCUGUAGAUGGGACGAGCUCCGCCUCUGCUGGAUCGACAUGUCUCGCACCCGCGUCCUCCCCACCAACACCACCUACUCCACCCUCGUCGACGUCUACGGCAAAGCCGGCCUCGUAAAGGAAGCUCUUUUAUGGGUCAAGCACAUGGACCAGAGGACGAUGCUUUUCCCCGACGAAGUCACCAUGGCCACCGUCGUCAGAGUCUUGAAAAACUCCAACCACUUCGACGUCGCUGACACCUUCUUUAAAGCCUGGCGCGACGGUCGUAUCGUUCUUGAUUUCGAUUCUUUGAGUAAUCUUGAUUCCGAUUCCUCUCCUGUCAGCCUCAAGGAGUUCUUGUCUAUGGAGCUGUUCAAAGUCGGUGCCAGGAGGACGAGCACUACCAAAAUCGACUCUCCUUCUUCUCCGAGGAAACCGAGGUUGACUUCUACUUACAAUGCUUUGAUUGAUUUGUAUGGCAAGGCGGGGAGGUUAGAGGACGCGGCUGCUCUCUUCUCCGAGAUGCUGAAGUCCGGUGUCGCGGUUGAUACGGUGACGUUUAACACGAUGAUUCAUAUCUGCGGGAGUCACGGGCGUUUGUGUGAGGCUGAGUCUUUGUUAAAGAAGAUGGAGGAGAAAGGGGUGAAGGCUGAUACCAAGACUUAUAAUAUUCUUCUCUCUCUCCACGCUGAUGCUGGUGACAUUGAAGCGGCGCUUAGAUACUAUAGAAAGAUACUGUUUCCUGAUACCGUGACUCACCGAGCGGUUCUUCAUGUUUUGUGUCGAAGGAGAAUGGUUAAGGAAGCUGAGGAUGUGUUGGAGGAGAUGGAUAGGAAUAGUAUUCGUAUCGAUGAGCACUCUGUGCCCGUUGUUAUGCGGAUGUACGUUGAUGAAGGGAUGAUAGGACAGGCCAAAGCUCUGUUGGAGAGGGUUCAGUUAGACUGCGUGCUUUCGUCGACGACGCUUGCAGCUGUUAUAGAUGUUUACGCUGAAAGAGGGUUGUGGGUUGAAGCGGAGGCUGUGUUCUACGGGAAGAGAGACGUGAACGAUGUUCUGGAGUAUAAUGUGAUGAUUAAAGCUUAUGGUAUGGCGAAACUUCACGAGAAAGCGCUUUGUUUAUUUAAAGGGAUGAAGAAGCAAGGGACAUGGCCUGAUGAGUGCACUUACAACUCUAUUGUGCAGAUGCUUUCCGGGGUUGACUUGGUGGAUGAAGCUCAGAGGGUGUUGGCAGAGAUGAUGGAUUCGGAUUGUAAACCGAGUUGCAAGACGUUUUCUUCUUUGAUUGCUAGCUAUGUGCGGCUUGGACUCUUGUCUGACGCGGUUGAUGUCUACGAGGGGAUGAGGAAAGCGGGUGUGGAACCAAACGAGGUUGUUUACGGUUCGUUGGUUAAUGGAUUCGCUGAGAGUGGUAUGGUGGAAGAAGCGAUUCACUACUUUAGAGCGAUGGAAGAGAAUGGUGUACAGUCUAAUAAUAUCGUUCUGACGUCUCUCAUCAAGGCUUAUAGCAAAGUAGGGUGUCUGGAAGAAGCGAGGAGGGUUUACGACAAGAUGAAGAAGGACUCAGAAACUGGUCCAGACGUGGCUGCUUCGAACAGCAUGCUGAGUUUGUGCGCAGAUCUCGGGAUGGUCUCCGAAGCAGAAACCAUUUUCAACGAGCUGAGAGGGAAAGGGACAUGCGAUGUGAUCACGUUCGCUACGAUGAUGUAUUUGUACAAAGGGAUGGGGAUGCUUGAUGAGGCUAUUGAAGUGGCUGAAGAGAUGAGAGAGUCAGGUCUGCUAAACGACUGCGCUUCGUUCAACCAGGUCAUGGCUUGCUACGCAGCCGACGGGCAGCUGCGCGAGUGCUGCGAGCUGUUCCGCGAGAUGCUCGUGGAGAGGAAGCUCUCGCUGGACUGGGGAACGUACAAGACGCUCUUCACUCUGCUGAAGAAAGGAGGCGUGCCGAGGGAAGCCGUGGCGCAGCUGCAAGACGCUUACGACGAAGGUAAACCGCUUGUUACAUCAGCGAUCGCCGCGACGCUGUUCUCGGCCAUGGGGUUGCACGCGUACGCGGUGGAGUCGUGCCGAGAGGUUACGAGAGAUGAUGGUGAUAUCCCUCUGGAGCAUUACGCGUACAAUGCGGUUAUAUAUGGUUACGGUGCGGCGGGGGAUACGGACAUGGCGUUGAAGGCUUAUAUGAGGAUGCAGGAGAAGGGGUUGAAACCGGAUAUGGUGACGCAGGUGUACCUUGUUGGGGUGUAUGGGAAAGCGGGGAUGGUGGAGGGUGUGAAGAGGGUGCAUAGCUGGAUUACGUUUGGGGAGAUUGAAGCGAACCAGUCGUUGUUUAGAGCGGUGAGGGAGGCUUAUGUGAGUGCGAAUAGGCAGGAUUUGGCUGAUGUGGUGAAGAAAGAGAUGAGCAUUGCUUUUGAAGAGGGUAAAGAGGAGGAGGAGGAGGAGGAGUAUAGUUCGGGAUCUGGAGAAGAAGAAGAUGAAUCCGAAGAAGACGAGGCGUUUUGAAGUGUAGCCACCCCACACGUUAUGUGUAGUAAAAGAUGAUUGUAGAAGAAGAUAGGAUGAAUGUUGUAUAGUUUUCUUAGAAGGCAAAAGGGAAAAUGUGCAUACUUUGUCUCGGAACUGGAAGAAGUGUGAAUCUUAAAACUGUUGUAGUAAAAGAACAAAUCUAUAGAAGCUAGCACUUUGUCAUCGAAACUGGAAGAAAUGUGAAUCUUUUGUUUGUUUUAUGUCUUAGUGUGAUAAAGAUUGUGCUUCAGUUCUGCAAAGAGAACUCCUUGAAUCAGACGUUUCAGACAUUACAGAGCGAGUGUCGGGUUUCUCUAAACAUAGUAGACAGCGUCGAGUCGAGACGUUUGUUUCUGAUAUUAAUAGUGGGAGAUGGGACUCGGUUCUUCCUCAAGUCUCUCAGCUUAAGCUUCCCAGGAAUAAACUAGAAGGCCUUUUAUGAACAGAUUGUAUUGGAGAUGAUUGAACUUCGAGAGUUGGACACUGGCCGAGCUAUUUUGAGGCAAACUCAGGUGAUGGGUGUCAUGAAGCAGGAGGAACCAGAAAGAUAUUUGCGGAUGGAGGAGCAUCUUCUUGUCAGAAGCUAUUUUGAUCCCCAUGAGGUAGGGGAGCUGUGUUAUUACUUGACUAUUAUUAUGUUGAGUGUUUCUUAUGUAGUUGCUAUGUCACAUAAGCAUUGGUUGUCCACUACUGUUCAGCGUUUUAAGAAAUGUUGGUAUUGUCACAAACAAAGCUGUUAUAUCUACUAGAAAUUUGUAUUUUGCUUGCUUUUAUGUACUCUGUUUUGUUUCAUAUGUGCGAUUGUUUAUAUCCUUUGAAGUCUUAAGUAGAAACUGUUGAGCUUAGCAUCGGUUAUUAGGUUCUUAAACUAUAACACAUGUUCCGUGUUUGUUAGUACAGACAGUAUUAUCUUUCCAUUUUGCUACCUCUUCUUCUACAUAUUGUUGGAUUUGAAAUUUUACCUGAUUUGUCUUUUGAGGUGCAUGGUCUCCUAGUCAUUGUUCAUUUUUUUUGUUAUAGAGAGCGGUUGCUUUCAUUUAAUCAUUUCCUUGUGUAUUCAUUCGCUAACCAUAAUGGAGACUCAACCAAAGAAAGAAAACGUGCACAGAUUGCUCAAGCUGUGGUACCACCUUCACGGCUAAUGGCUUUGAUAGGCCAGGCUCUAAAGUGGCAACAGCAUCAAGGCGCCAUACUCCCUCAGUUUGACCUCUUCCGUGGAACGGCAGCUAUGAAACAAGAUGUGGAAGACACACAUCCUAACUACUUUUAAUCAUACAAUAAAGUUUGGUACAAAGAGUCAUGCCGAAUGCGCUAGGUUCUCUCACCAGAUGGACAGUUAGUUUCUUGUAUCGUCUUCUGUUGAUGGUUUUGUAUCGAGGGGAGUUUGAUGUGGUAUCUUUUUGUAUGAUUAAAAAUAUUGUCUUGGACGUCUUAAACUCAUCUUGUGACCACCAAGAUUGCUCAGAUCUUGUGACCACCAAGAUUGCUCAGACUUCUCUCGGGAUAGAACUCAAUUACUAAGCACCUCCGUUGACCACACUGCAAGAAUCCAUGGUUUGAAAUCUGGGAAAAUUGUUGAAAGAGUUCCGCGGUCAUACAUAUUAUGCCAUCUUUACAAGUGAUGGAACCCGUGUGUAAUCACUGCCUCCGGUGAAGGUCUGGGAUUCAAAGACGACAGAUUGUCUACAAACGUUCAAGCCAACCACCUUCACUAAGAGAAACUGUACUGCUUCAGCUAUCUAUCAAACCGGUGGACUUGAGCAUUUUAUGAUGGUGCAUGAGAAAGAUGUGAUAGGCUUAAUCACACCACCCACAUAGAAACCUCAUCGCUAUCCUAUAGUGCAGAUUGCACCCAUGAAGUUGUGGAAACCCUGAAACCAGUGGGAUAUGUUAUAUACUAAAAUAAGUCUCCGAAGGAUCAUUUAUUUCGUUAUCCGAAUAAACCAGGAACAUAGGAAUUUUCGUUCUCUUUUAUGUACGGUACACUGUUUAUUUGAUAUUUUUCCUCCUGAAAAUGGUUAAAUCUAUGACUUUGUUUCGACUGAUGAUGA